AUGAGUCAGCAGUUUACAAGAAACUCUUCUCGUCUCUUGAAUAAGAGAUUUUUAUGGAAUGUAUAUGCAUUCCAACCAUUUGUUGCACCACAAAGCAACUAUUCAUCAAAUCAGUCGAAUAGACAGAAUCAACACAGUGAUACUCAUCAAACAAGUCUAUUUUUCAAAUCAAUUUUGUUGACCACAGCUCUUGCAAAAAUUUGUCACGACAAUGAGGAUUCAAAUGAUGCUCAACAAAAAUCUCAUCCUGUAUAUAGUACUCCGUUAGUUGUAAAAUGUGCAGAAAUUGCAAAACCAAUGUCUAAAGAUAGACAAGCUGCAAUUAAGGCUCUAGACGUGGUUGCCGAUGUUGCUCAAGAUGUUCAACCAGCAGUUGUUUCAAUCACUAGUACCGAUAAAGUUUUUCUUUCACUUCAAUCACGUUCAACUGGUUCAGGGUUUAUUGUAGAUCAUUUAGGUCAUGUAGUCACAAAUGCUCAUGUAGUUGGUUAUCGCGGCGAUGUUAUGGUUCAUUUAUGUGAUGGACGUUCAUUUCCUGGAAAAGUUCUAGCAGUUGAUGUCUCUUCUGAUUUGGCACUUAUUCGAUUAGACGUGAAGAAAGUCGUUUCAGAAAAUCUUCCACAUCUACCUAUGGCUAUCAAUGUACAAAAUAUUCGUCCAGGUCAAUUUGUAUUGGCUUUAGGUAGUCCUUUGAUGUUGGCCAACAGUGUUACAGUGGGUGUAGUGUCUGCAGUAGAUAGAGACUUAGGUCAUUCCGAAGGUCUCAAAUAUAUCCAAACAGAUGCUAUAAUAACAUUUGGAAAUUCCGGUGGUCCAUUGGUGAAUUUAUAUGGUGAAGUUAUUGGGGUUAACGCUAUGGUGGCUGGUACAGGAGUGGGAUUUGCCAUACCUGUUGAUCAAGUUCGAAAAUUCAUACAGUUAGCACUAAAAGCAUCCUCAAAUACUCGAAGCUCUUCCCCAGUAUCGUCAGCAUCGCCUACUGAUCCAUAUAUUUUAGCAGACAAUCCAACCAAUUCCGAAAGCGGAACUCAACGUCGAUACUUAGGCCUAGUUAUGCGAACGCUUACUCCAGAACUGGCUUUCGAAUUGGCAUCUCGGGGUGGACAACAUUUUGUAGAGUUGAAUGGUGUUCUGAUUCAUGCUGUAUUGAGGAACUCCCCUGCCCAAAAAGCAGGACUAAGAGCUGGAGAUGUAAUUGUUGCCAUUGAUGGUCUACCUAUAACGAAUGCUCAACAAGUUUACACUGCAACUGAAAGCCGAGAACAACUGACAAUCACUAUCGUCAGACAAGGAAAACGAAUAACCAUAGAUCAUAUUCAGACGGAAAAGAUUUAGAACAUUAAUUAGAUCCUUGAUUUAAAUUAUUUUACACACAGUAUAUAAUUCUGUAUUAUACAUACACGAGUAUUUAUAAUUAAAUCAUGCACAAUGCUACUAUCUCUUUUCUAUUUUGCAUUCUUUUACAUAAGAUAACUUGGAAGCAAAAUACACUUGCUGCUUCAAUACAUUGUAUUUAAAUAGAACAAUAAUUAAGGUAUUUUGAAAAUAAAAUGAUUUUUAUUCCAAUG